CUUAAAUUAACUAUAAAUUUAAGAACUAAUACAAGAACGCUUAAAUCUUAAACUAUACUUUAUUCGCGUCGAGGACAAACCAAAUUUAAAUCAUUUUUUGCUUGCAUGUUACUCUUCUAUUUUUCAUCAGUACUCCGCCAAUACUCGAACAGCCUCUCUUAUCGCUUCUCGCCUUCUCGCGGCCAUCAUUUGCUGCAUAAAGGCGAAAUUUCGCAACUUCGUAAAGCGUCAUAGCACAGCUCGCGCUGACACUGCACUUCGCCGUCAAUAGAUUCAUCCAAAGUUUUAGAGUUAAACAUCAAACUCAAGCGCAAAAGAAGCACUCGCAAUGUCCGAGUUUGAGCCUUCUGACUGGAAACUCACGAGAAUACCCAAGCUUUCACAGCUAGAUUCCCUUCAGCGAUGCUUGAUCUGCAAAGAUUUCUUAAAAGCACCAGUAAUCACAUCUUGCAAUCACACCUUCUGCUCUCAGUGCAUAAGACAGCACUUGAUGAUUGUGAGCCAAUGCCCGCUUUGCAAAGCCGAGCAAUUCGAAAGCAACCUAAAACGUGUCAUCCUUUUAGAAGAGAUUGUCUUGUGUUUCCAAGCUCUUCGUGAUGACCUUAUCUCUCUUUUGCAAGAGGAAGAGAGUUCAACCAAUGAUCAGCAAGAUAACAUGAAGACUAUCAAAAAUCAGCAAGUUCAUCUAGAUGUCAUAGAAAUCCCAGAUCAUUCUGAAGGACUAGACUCAAAUUCUACCCUGGCACAAGGGACGAUACUAGAUGCUGGGUAUGUGCAUUGCCCUGUCUGUGGAGAAGUCAUGAAGGAAGAGCAUGUUCAAGGGAGCCACCUCGACUAUUGUCUUAAUGGGAAGCCGGAUCCCAAGCUAAUGCUGAAAACACAUUCGGUGAAGCGUAAGACGAACGAUGUGGUCCUGUUCUUCCAGGGUCGUAAGCGACAAAAGAAUGCAGCGAAUAACGUCGACCACGCCAAUUUUUAUUUCAAUAAGGGAGACCAGCAUCAUCAUAAUACGAAAAGAAUACCUAAGGUGGACUUUUCGUCACUUUCUACAGCGAAAGUGAAGGAAAAGUUGAUGGCUCUCAAGCUCUCUACACUGGGCUCGAGGACAGAACUCGAAUGGAGAUAUAACCAUUACUAUCUUCUUAAUCAGUCCAACUUGGACUCCAAUCAUCCUCUCACGGAAAUGGAACUCAGGCAAAAGCUUAAGCAGACAGAAAUCUCCCAUCUGAUGACGCCUCUAACGUCAGCUUCAAACACGAUUUAUGGGGACUCGCUCAGUCGAAAAAGCCUAGCAGACAAGGAUUUUCCCAUCAAAGCCUGGCUUGAUAUAUACAAAGAUGAGUUUAAGCAGCUCGUGAAACAAGCCCGUAAAUCUCGGAAAAAACAGGCACUGACAAAGAACAUGAAAAGCCCAGAUCAUGCAACCCGUGCUUCUACAAACGACAUUGCCAGUAGCAGGAGUGCUACAAAUCCACUAACCAACGAAGAAAACAAAAAUGUGCAUCUAGGGGAUCAAGCCUCGCAUAGAGAGAAAGAUCCGGCCGAUGAUUUCGAUUUUAGCACAUCUGCUCUAUUCGCGCCGCAGUGAUAUGUAGUGGCGUUUCCGCGCGAUUUAUGUCCACUCCGGGUCAUUGUUACCGUGGACAGACUGCAUGCCUGCUGGAUGCGUUUCGUC